AACAUAUCGCAACAAUAAAGCAUUAAAUGUCAUUGGCCAUAAAUUAAUAAUUUUUUAUAUUUUGUAUAUGUUGUAUACUUUGUCGUAUGAUACACCCUAGCCGUAUGAUACAUUCGCAACAUACGGUUAUAUUACAUAGCUCGCUCAAGACCUUACAAUUUACAUAUUAAUUAUAAAAGUUGUUGAAAUAAAUGAAAAGCUGAACAUUAGAAGCUGUGGCCUUUGUGAUCCUCUGUUUACGCGCCACUUAAUAUACCAACAAAAUUGACACACAAACAUACACUGUAUAUACUCUUUCUUUGUGGGUGGUGAUGACCUAAAGUAUAAUACCGAAGAUAAAAAUAUCAAAAUAAUCACAAGCUUUAUCAGCAUAAGCAGUUCGUAUUUCAACUUGUCUGUCAAAGAUGGGUUCGGAACUGUUAUUGGGUGUUCGAUUAGCUCCCGUUGAAAAAAUGUCAGUUAUUAAAGUAAGUGAUGUCAAUUUGACAGAGAAAGUGGAAAAAUUGAGAAUUACAGCUGCGGAACAAACUAACCUGUCAAAUGAUUCGUUCGAUCUUAUUUAUUGUGGAUGUCUUCUUGAAAACGAUUGUACCCUGAAGUCUUAUGGAUUAAAAGAUGGUUCGAUGGUUCAUGUUUUAAAACGAAGAGAAAAUAAGGAGGUGGCGAAGAAUAACUCGACUUCGAUGAAUAAUUUUGAGAAAAAUAUGAAGACGUUGAUAUCGGUAUUUCAAUCGUGUAUUGGAAAUCCAUUGCUCGAAUUAGCAAUGCGGCAAUUGGCGAAAAGACCUGAGGUUACUGAAAAUAUUAUUUCAUUUUGUCCUGAUUUAAGCGACGAUGCUGUUGCAAUUGCCGUAUUACAAGAUCCAGAUCUGAUAAUACAUUUUUCGAAUGCCGAUACAAUAAAAAAAAUUGCCAAAUUACAUCCAGCGCUUUUCGAAGCAGCUCAGCACAUUGCAUCAGCUAUUCACGACGAAGCUCAUAAUAUUGCAGCAUCGUCAAAUGCACUCAUAAGAGACGAGAAUUUAAGCGACGAUGAGGAAAUGGCUGCUGAUUCUUCUCAAUCGUCAGAUUCAACUCAACCAUCCAAUAACGUUAAUCAGCCGCGAAAUGAAUCUAAUUCAGUAAUGAAUACCGAUCCAGUUCUCGCAGCAAUAACAGCAAGCUUAUUCAAUCCUAAUAAUGUCAGUAACCCUGAUAUUGGUUCAUCAAACUCUAAUAAUAUGGGACAGAUAACAUUUGAAAUGUUUAAUCAAGCUAUGCAACAAGCCUUUGCAUCUAAUCCAGCCACUAAUAAUCCUACAAAUCCUGUACAAGCAGAUCCACCAACAUCUGGAAAUCUAGUGCUAUCAUUAAUGCACGAUAUGGGCCUUGAAGAUGAUGCUUUAAAUAUUCGAGCAUUACGAAUUACAAAUGGAGACAUCGAAGCUGCGGUUGAAUUACUCCUAUGUGGAUUUGGUGUUAAUUAAUCCUUUUACCUAUUAGUCUAUUAUCAAUUUAGUGCAUAAGUUAUAAAUUAUCCUUUUGGAAUCUGCUCUUUUUAAAUAAAAGCAUAAAUUUAA